AUGGUUAUAGAUGCAACUCUGAACUCCCCUGUCUACCCCCCGGUCUACAGCUCCCCUGUCUACCCCCCGGUCUACAGCUCCCCUGUCUACAGCUCCCCUGUCUACCCCCCGGUCUACAGCUCCCCUGUCUACCCCCCUGUCUACCCCCCGGUCUACAGCUCCCCUGUCUACCCCCCGGUCUACAGCUCCCCUGUCUACCCCCCGGUCUACAGCUCCCCUGUCUCACCCCCCGGUCUACAGCUCCCCUGUCUACCCCCGCUCCCCUGUCUACAGCUCCCCUGUCUACCCCCGGUCUACAGCUCCCCUGUCUACCCCCCGGUCUACAGCUCUCCUGUCUACCCCCCGGUCUACAGCUCCCCUGUCAACCCCCCGGUCUACAGCUCCCCUGUCUACAGCUCCCCUGUCUACCCCCCGGUCUACAGCUCCCCUGUCUACAGCUCCCCUGUCUACCCCCCGGUCUACAGCUCUCCUGUCUACCCCCCGGUCUACAGCUCCCCGGUCUACCCCCGGUCUACAGCUCCCCUGUCUACCCCCCGGUCUACAGCUCCCCUGUCUACCCCCCUGGUCUACAGCUCCCCUGUCUACCCCCCGGUCUACAGCUCCCCUGUCUACCCCCCGGUCUACAGCUCCCCUGUCUACCCCCGGUCUACAGCUCCCCUGUCUACCCCCGGUCUACAGCUCCCCUGUCUACCCCCGGUCUACAGCUCCCCUGUCUACAGCUCCCCUGUCUACCCCCCGGUCUACAGCUCCCCUGUCUACCCCCCAGUCUACAGCUCCCCUGUCUACAGCUCCCCUGUCAACCCCCCGGUCUACAGCUCCCCUGUCUACCCCCCAGUCUACAGCUCCCCUGUCUACAGCUCCCCUGUCAACCCCCCGGUCUACAGCUCUCCUGUCUACCCCCCGGUCUACAGCUCCCCUGUCUACAGCUCCCCUGUCUACCCCCCGGUCUACAGCUCCCCUGUCUACCCCCCGGUCUACAGCUCUCCUGUCUACCCCCGGUCUACAGCUCCCCUGUCAACCCCCCGGUCUACAGCUCCCCUGUCUACAGCUCCCCUGUCUACCCCCCGGUCUACAGCUCCCCUGUCUACCCCCCCGGUCUACAGCUCCCCUGUCUACCCCCCGGUCUACAGCUCCCCUGUCUAA